AUGGCUUCUCGUCCGCCGGACAUUCAUGACGCGGUCCGAUCCUACAAGAAAAGCACCGCCGCAAUCGUGAACUGGCUCAUGGCUGGCUCAGACAUCAAACGCACCCCAGAAGACUCGGCAUCGCUGAAGGACCUGGUCUCGGCUGCUAAGCGGAUAGUUGGAGCGAAGACGAAUAUACCUCGUGCCAUAUAUUGGGCGCUCAGAGAUGCGAUCGAAAAUAGGACAAGGCUUUCCCACUUGUACAAGAGUGGUCUAUUUGAGUCGGACGAGGCCAGCACUUCUUCACAUGAGCACUUCAUCAAAAUAUUGAAGCAUAUCUUUCGCAUACUUUUCCCGAAGAAGAAUCGCUCACCGGAGCCACAUUGCGACACUCCCAAGGAAGACCCUACUAGCGACAACUCAUAUAGCGUUCUCAGCUCAACGGCGCAAGAUGAUGAUACCGAAGACUACAGCAGCACGACAGUAGAUCUGGACAUGGAACAGUUGAUUUCCGAGGACGAGGAGCUUAUCUACGGACUAAGGCCUAUCCAAGAUGAACUCGAGACUUGGCUGACCGCCAUUGGUCUCCUUGGAGAAGAUAAGAAAGGCACAUGCAUUGAAGGGGGCAUCAACAGUAUCCUGUACCAGCUGCUAGACUUCUACGGCUACAUGGUAGAAUUUGACGAAACUUGCGCGGCACUCAUGCGCUACUGGGAAAUGUGCCGGUCUGGAUCCUCAAACAUUCUCGUCGCAGCUUUUCUGACCAAUGUGGCAUUCGAAAAUAUCAGAUAUAUCAGCACUAUCCAAGGCCCGCAUACCUUCAAGUACUUCAACCAUGAGCAGUUCCUUCAGCGGCGCAUUGCUUGGUUCUCUUACUUCUCUCGGUCGAAUGUCAAGGCCAUGGAUUACGAGGGAGCGCCUAGAGGCCUUUUUCGCGAUGGUCCUGGAUUCAUCGAUGCUUGGGUUGCCCUACAAGAAUUUCAAGAUGGAAUGGCUCAGGUACCCCAGAGCUCCAGUAAGGUCAAAUUCGAGAAGCCGCUGGAUAUGAUCCCACGUACGGGCUCGCUCUUGGACGUCAAGUUCAAGCCCGAAGGUCAUCGCUGUAUGAUGUCCAUGUUGGAGAGCAUAGUGCAGUUGAUGGAAUUUCACAAAGGCAUGCCAAUCAUGGGAUCUGAACUAGGUUGGGACACCUCGGAACCCAAUGUCUCUUAUGGAUUCUUUUCCCCGGGGUUUAAUCCUCUGCAAGCAAGCAUCCACGGCUUUCUUACGAACGAACUAUCUGCUGGAGGGACCGAAGCUGUCGUUGGAAUCCAACUCUGGUUGACGAGCUUCAGCACUUAUCUUGGUAAUGACCGGACGGCGCCAGCGGGUAUGGACUGCCGGAUUACAGCUCUUAAAUUUGCAAAGGAGGUCCACAAGUCCUUAGCUGCUAUGCUCAACCACAAAUCAAUGAACUAUCCAGAAGGCGAAGGAGCCAACAAGCCCCUUCUAUAUUCCAGCUGGGUCUAUCUUUCGCGGGCUUUGAACUCUUAUAUAUCUGACAAGCGAUUCGACCUCUACUAUCGAUCGCCUUGGGUUGCAGGGACCCAUAUGGGCGAAAUCCUGGGAUACGCUUAUAGCUUUGGCAUACCAAUGAUCAGGCACAAGGGAUACAUUUGUGCUGUUUUGCACAUGUACAAUCUUCUCGUUCAGCUCGAAUUGGUUGAACCCAAAGAUUUCAAGCUCCUUGAAUCACUUUGUUCUACUCUCGAGAAUGUUUCUUUCCUCGGUAAAAGACCUCGAAGCAACUUUAGAAACCAGUUCUCUCGAUCGGCUAGCUGUAACACCGAGAGAGGGCCCAAGAAGUAUCAAGGGCGUGAGGGGCGGAGGGUUCUGGAAGACCUUCCAAACUGUUGCGAUAAUUACCACAAAGAACUUCCCCAACAAAUGUCAAGCUUCUUCCUGGCGCACGCGGCCCGAUAUGAGCCGUACUCUGUAAUCUUGAACGCCAUGUAUGGGGAGCAACUCGAUCCAAAGACUAUCAAGUGGGUGGCGACCAGGCAUGAAAAGGAGAUGGAUGAAGGACCACAGAUCCACCAAGGCCACAAAAUCCCACGCUACCUGGAGAAAUUCCACGGCCUUGUGGAGAACGAGCUCUACCUCGGUCCCCUGCCUGUUCUCCGCACCAACUGGUUCGCAGUCCUUGUUAUCUGCAUGGAAAUCCUAGACACGCUCACUCAAUUGGCGAUCAAGUAUGGCUUAGUCAUAGGAAACACUACUAGGGACUGUAACACUAGAGUGCAGGUGGCUUUUCUAAUAGCGGGCGUCGUGGAUGAUUGGAAAGAUGGCAGGGUCACAGCCCGUAAUCUGGGACCUCUGAGGGAGAUACCUCAUUUGAAGAUUGCAAAAGAGGUCAUCCUUGCCUAUUCUGACCAACUCAAAAAUCUAGCUGAGUUUCUCUGGGAUAUCUGA